AGUGACCUUGAUUCCGCUGUCAUUUCUGUAAUACACUAGCGCGCGAAAUUUGAAUCGUUGAUACACUUUCUCUAAAUAAGAACUAUGAAUCUGCUACAAUCUGCUUAAAAAUAAUAAUACUAAUUUAUAUUUAUAUAAAUUUAUAUACUAAUUUAUAUACUUAUUAUGGAAAAUUUUUUUGUGACAGAGAAUUCUUAUAUUUUUUUUAAUACUUUUGUAAAUGUAUUAUUAUAGAUAAAUGGAAAUAAACAUGAUAAAACUUAUUUAUGUUGUAUAUGUUAUUGAAAUUAAUACUUUUGUUAAAGAAAAGAAAAUUUUUAAUGACAUUUUCCAAGGAAUGAGGUAAACCAAAAUAUCCACAAACAGCUAGUUUUUACAGAUGGCAAGGAAAUAAUCUUAGAAGAAAUUUUCUCCCAUCAGCAGCUGAGCCAAAUGAAUAUGGAAGUAACAACAGAAGAAGCACAAGCAGUGCUGCUGGAGGGAAUGGAAGGUGCACAGUACAUUACCAUCCAAAGGGCUGAUGGAGAGCCUCUGAGCAAAAGUGUUCCUCUUCUAACUCUUAAUGGAGAACUAAUUUCUGAAGGAAUGGUUGUCGAUAUGAUCAAUGCUGGUGUUGGCACAGAUUAUGGUACGGCAACCCAAUAUUAUGAAACAGAAGAUUUAUUACAACAUGAUUUAACAGAGGAAGACAGAAGACUGGCGGCAGCUUUGGUUGCUGUUCAAUUGCAACAACAACAAAAACAGCAACAUCUUCAUAGUCAAUCCCAACAUGAAGAUCCAACUUUACCAGACGUUUCUCAUCUAGAGACUCUAACUCCUGUGAAUACUUAUUCUAUCCAAACUGUCCCAGAACCAAACCCAGUAUAUCCAACGUUACAACCUUUCAAGCGCAUCACGCAGAACGUAAAACAGGAGUUCAUAAACGUGAAAAGCGAGUAUGAUGUUGAUGUAUCUGCUGAAAGCAGCGAAGAUGCAGCGCCAAGUUCAGGACCGAAAAGAUCCUUGCCUCAUAAAAAAAGGAUACCUCGUAAAUUGAAACAACAGACCAAAAGAAACUCUGCAAGGAAGGAUGGCAGUAGGAUAAAUACGGAUGUCAUAAAUGCUGACUCUUCCAACGAUAUACAGACUCAUAUAUUCAAGUGUGAACUGUGCAGUUCUAGAUUUAGUAGCCAAUUAAAAUUUUUUGAACAUUUGAAGGUACAUUAUGAGCCUGUCAAACAGGAAACUAGAAUAGCACAAGCAACCAAUACGAAUAUUACGAUAUCUGUACCAGAGUCUGUUCAAAAUCUGGAAAAUACAGUUAUUGAAGAGUUCAGUGAACCUGAGGAUCUUAUGGAGGGCAUCAGGGGUGUUGUAGAGGAGACAGGUGCACAUAUAGAUGAUGAAACAGAAUCUCCAUUAUCCUCAGUGAACAACGAAUCACCACUGUGGACAAUUACUGAUGUCACGGAUCACGUACAUAGGGACCAUGUAAAACCAUCAACAGUCAAUGAACAGAGUAUACAUGAUAAAGAUAAGACUGACAUUCCACAAACAACGAAAAAAAAGAAGAUAUUGAAAGCUAGGAAGUCAAAUGACGAACUAACGUGUCCCCAAUGCGACCGAUCAUUCCAUCAUAAAAAUAGUUUAGUGUACCACAUGCGAUCUCAUAGUGGUGAACGACCUCACCAGUGUGAAGUUUGUGGAAAGAGCUUCUUUGCUGCUAGUGCGUUAAAGGUCCACAAGCGCCUUCAUAGUGGCGACAAGCCCUACAAGUGCGAGGAAUGUGGUCGCCACUUUCGUCAAUGGGGAGAUCUGAAGUACCACGCGACUAGUAUUCACUCGGAGCAAAAGCAAUAUCAGUGCGAGUACUGUGGCAAGGAUUUCGCGCGGAAAUACUCUUUGAUCGUUCACAGAAGGAUCCACACCGGUGAAAAGAAUUACCGCUGCGAGUACUGCAACAAAACGUUCAGAGCGAGCAGUUAUUUGCAAAACCAUCGUCGUAUACACACUGGUGAAAAGCCUCAUCAAUGUGCUGUGUGUGGGAAGCCAUUUAGAGUGCGAAGCGAUAUGAAGAGGCAUAUGCAUACGCAUUCAAGAGGAAGAGCUGAUAGACCCAUGAACAGAGUCAUGGCCGCGAAGAACGUAGCAGAAGAUCACGACAAAGGUUCGCAAGCAAAGACCAUUCAAGAUCUCGUUCGUGACUUGAAACUCGAAGUGGAAGCCACAGGAGUCGUGGAGAUCGUUCCUCCUGAUGAUAAUCCGGAAAGUAUUCUACCACAUGCUGGUGGACAAACUUUAGAAUACACAGUGACAACAGCGCCAGACUCGAACCCUGACAGAGAUCCUUUGGAGGCAGUUGUUCGUACUGAUAACAUGCAGUAUUUCUUCAUGUAAUGACUGUUGGAUUGUUCCUUGUAACAUUGAGAAUGAAAGAUCUCUCGCACAAAAUUGGCGCUUUGUGAGACCGGAAACACAUCAGACAUGACUGAUUGAAUCGCAAUACUAUACAUCAAUGCACUGCCUAUCGUUGAUGUGCAUAAACGUACUUCCCAAUUUCUUUGCGAGUUACUUUUUAAAAGAAUAUUAUGGAUGUAGUGUUUAAGAAAAAAAUAUUAUUCUUAAGACUGUUUUUAGCAGAAGAACUUGGGAAGUACAAGCAUAUAUAUGUAUAGAAGCAAAUUUCUGCAAUACAACAAAAUUAUAUCAAUCUAAUUAAUUGAAAAUGUAUAUAAAUACAUGAAUGCAUAUACACACAGAUGUAUACAGAUAACUUACACGUAUAUAUUGUACUAUAAUUAACGAUAAUUAAGAUAAUUAAGUGUACAUUUCUUAAGUCUAUAGUAAGUUAAUCGUUUAUAUUCGCGAAUCGUCGUUGGCAAAAAAAUAUAUUUUUUACUUGAAAACAUUUAUAGAAACACUGUGGUCCACUUUUAUUGCAUUUUCCACGAAGCGAGAAAAAGAAAAAGUGUUUGUAGCUCAGUCUUUAUACGAGGAUGAUGGAGGUACUGUGUUACUUGUGUCGAUAAAAGCUUGUAAAACUUGAACUAAUUCUCUAGACUUGAGGGCUGCGCUGAGCUUCUCCGCAACGUCUUUGCUACCGAUUCUGAAAUCACAUAGGAUGUACAUAGAAGGUGGAGCAAUUAAUUUAACAUUUAACAUUAUUUUUUAACAUUUCUCUCAAUAAAAUUUCAUUUCUUAUAUCACCCAACGUGUAUGGGUCUUCCAACUUCGUUAUCGACAGAGUAACCAAAGACAGUUAUAGAAUUUUAUGUUAAUUUAUAUAAAUUUUGCCAUUGUUACAUUGCAAAUUGUGUUCUUACAAAGAGUUCCCUAUAAUUUAUAAGACAUGGCAUAAAAAGAAAAAGAAAAAAGAAAUAAAUGAUUAAUAUUUAAUAUUAAUUCUAUUAAGUAAAAAAAUGUUUUGUUAAAAUUUUUGUCUUAUUAAAUAAAAAUACUUGGA